AUGGCUCCUCCACUAUCCUAUCUGAUUUCUCUUGCACUUUUCAUAUCUUUUAUUCUUCUGCCCGCAUCAGCUUCAUCAAAUGAAGAAAGAAGGAUUUAUAUUGUGUAUAUGGGAGCUCUACAUUCAUCAGAGUAUCCAACCUCUGAACUCCAUCUUAAUUUGCUCAAACAAAUUCUUGUAAAUGGUUCCCCCAGUGAGUCAUUGGUGUAUAGUUACCAGAGGAGUUUCAGUGGAUUUGCUGCUAAACUUACGACUGAAGAGGCUGAAACAUUGAAUGGAAUGAAGGGAAUAGUUUCAGUAUUUCUUAGUAAAAUCAUGGAGCUUCGUACGACGAGGUCAUGGGAUUUCCUCAACUUCACGCAGAUAGUUAAUAGGAAUCCCACAAUGGAAAGUAAUGUCAUCAUUGGAAUGUUUGAUACUGGAAUUUGGCCGGAAUCCAAAUCCUUCAAUGAUAAGGGAUUGCGACCUCCGCCGAGGAAAUGGAAGGGUGCUUGCAAAAACAUGACAUGUAACAACAAAAUUAUCGGCGCGCGUUACUACAAUGGCGGAGGCCUUUACCAGUCGGACGAAGCAUCUCCGCUCGACUUCAUAGGUCACGGGUCGCACACAUCUUCCAUCGCCGCCGGCCGGAGCGUCUCCCAGGCCAGCCUCUACGGCCUCGCGAAGGGCACUGCUCGGGGGGCCGUGCCGUCGGCGAAGCUCGCUGUGUACAAGGUGUGCGCGUCGUUCUUGUGCUACGAGCAUGACAUCUUGGCGGGAUUUGACGAUGCGAUCGCCGAUGGCGUCGACAUCAUCUCCGCGUCAAUCAGCUUCCCCUACCAUGCCCAUGAUUACUUCGACGACGCGAUAGCAAUUGGUUCGUUCCACGCCAUGGCGAACGGGAUUUUAACGUCGACCGCCGCUGGGAACUCAGGGCCAGGUCAUUACUCGGUCGGCAACGUGGCACCGUGGUUGAUAUCGGCGACGGCGAGCAGCAUCGAUAGGCAUAUAAUUGGCAGGGUGGUCACGGGAGACAAUGUGUCCACUACGUGCGUAUUUUGUGGGGUCAAUAAGAUGAUGUGA